UAAUACAAAUAUUAUGGUAGAUAAAGGGCUCACAUACCAUGGAGCUAGGAUUAACUUACGAAUUAUCCAAAGCCUUCAUGAGGCGAAGCUGAUGAAUGAGCUGGAAGUGACAAGAAGUGGAAUUUAUGGAAAGCUGUGUGCACGAAAUUCCUGGUCGCCCGGAAAUCUGGCUACCACCGGUCAGUUCUAUUGGAACAAAGCGUCACAGGAAUCCGUACAGACAAGUUCCACACCGCAGAAGCGUGAAAGACAAGUUGGCGUACUGUUCACUUGCAAUUCCACGUCGCGGCAUAUGAAUACAGAGAAAUGGGUCAUGUGACGUAUGCAUGUUGCUGCCGUUGGCAAAACUGCUAUGGAUUUGAAAUUUAUCAGGCAGAAUACUGGAAUUCGACUCUCUAGUCACAACUUUAUUUCAGACCGGGCUGAGGCACGGUCUCAAACAUAAACAUAUGGCCUAUUUCAAUGAACUGCCGAAGAUUGAACAGAAGAAGCAUUUGAGAAAUGCAUAAAUUUGAGAAAGAGUAUAUGCAGUCCUACAUGUCCAUAAUAAGCGAGCGGAUAAUUUGUAUGGCGCAUUAGAGAACCCACAAUUGAUCUUUUAUAGGCAGUUUUGGUUUCUGAAUAAUUCCAGCUGACAGAUCGAGAUUUUAAAGGUAGAGAAGUCAAUGGGCGAACAGAGAGAAUUUCUUACCGAAAAGCAUGCGAAGUUCUUCCAGCGAUGUUUGCUUUUGCUCCCAGCCAAACUCCAAGGAGAAGAUGCCAAUAGGCUCUCGUUCAUAUACUUCUGCCUUCAUGGGUUGGGGCUUCUCAAACAAUUGAAAUACACGAAAGAAGAGCUACAGUCAUACAGUGACUUCAUAUAUAAAGACUACUUACUUGAAAACGACGACUUUUCAGCAUUUAGAGCUACUCCAUACUUUAAAGGUCUGUCGAAGUAUGAUCUUCCCAAUCUUUCCUCCACUCUUUUUGCAUUGCUCAAUCUUCUCAUUCUUGAGUCUGACUAUUCCAAAGUGUUGGACAACCACAAAGUCAUGAAGUUCUUACAAUUGAGCCAGAUCAAGGAAGGAGAGAAUAAAGGCUCUUUUGCUCCUACACUUCGGAAUGGCGACAACGGAGAAUACGUCCAGUUUGGAGAAACAGAUGUACGAUUAUGCUAUAUAGCUGCUAGCAUACGACACCUUGUGAAGUAUGAUACGCUCGGAGAGGAAGAGCGGAAGAAUGAUAUAGACACCAAGGCAUUGACGGAUUUCAUCCUUCUGAGAAUUGAUUACCAGGGAGGACUAAGUUUCACGAAGCAUGUCGAAAGCCAUCUUGGGUUUUCGUACUGUGGAAUAGCAUGUUUAAAGCUUUUGGGAUACGAAUUUGGCUCAGAUUUCCAAAAGACAGUCAAUUGGCUUGUUCACAGACAAGUGGAUUUUCCACCGCAACUCUACGAUUUUGAAUACGAAUACCACGAAGAAGAAGACAUAGGAGCAUUCAAUGGGCGCGAAAACAAGUUUGGCGAUACCUGCUAUUCGUGGUGGUGUACUGCAAGUUUGGCAUUGAUAAGCACUAGUCAUCUCAAGCUUGUAGACUUGGAUAAAGCCCAGGAGUAUUUGCUCAACAAUGUACAAAACGGCAUGGUUGGCGGUUUUAGUAAGGAUCCAAGUGCAACUCCAGAUCCUUUCCACAGUUUCCUAGGAAUUGCCAGUCUAGCACUCUGGCGCCAAAACGAAGCUGGCGAUUCGUGUUUGCCCGACCUUGAUGGUGUCGACGAAGCUUUGGUGAUUACAAGUGCCCUGAAGAAGUUCUUUGAAGAGCAAGUUAAUUACUGACGGUUGAGGGCAGGGAGAUAAGUUCAGAGAUUUGAAUGAUAUAAAGUUACUGAAAAGAGGAUGACAAACAAUUAUCAUCAUUAAGCAUUUAUCGUCUGUAAAGAAGCAUAUUAAAAUUGCAAUCGUAGGAUAUCUUCUACGGAAUGCAACUGAAGGUAGAUAUCUUCGGCAUAUUUACUAGUAGACAUCAUCUUAUAGUAUAGUGAAUAUCCCUUUCUUAG